CUGUGCUGGAUCAGUUGCUUCACGGAUUAGGAAAUUUCCUCAUUGUCCUUUAUCAAAAAUGUUCUCAUAACUCCUGAAAUCCCCAAGAAAUGAGAGAAUUGAUCCUGUACAGCAUUACAUAUUUUAUUGGAAAUUACCAAAGUCAUGUAAUAAUAAUCCAUCAUAUUUUGCAUACGUGUCACUGUAAUUUGCAUAACGAAAAUUCAUAUAAAAGCGAGAUCUCAGCCAGUUUUAAAACAUAAGUCGCCAUUGCCUUUUCCCAAGAAGAGAUCCACCUAUUACCCCAGCACCAUGAAGACUUUUAUCCUCUUAUCUGCGGUGUUAGCACUCGCAGCCGCAGGAACGGUCCAACCCUCACUUUACACAAAGGUGAGCUCAGCAGGAAGACUCAACGUCAUUCUCGAACUUCCCCAAGUCAUCGGAAUCGCCGAAUCGUCCCCCGUAUUAUCCGGCCUGUCCAGACAGGCCAAAGCUGUCGCCCUUGUCAACAUGCUGACCGACUUGACCUCUACGUCACAAGCUCCCUACAUCACCCUCGCUCAGCAACUCGGCAUCAAAUACGAGCAAUUCUGGGCCUCUAACAUUGUCCUUCUGGAAAACAUCACUGUCGACCAGUUGUCUGCCUUCGCGUCCACAGCUGUGGGAAGCUUUGAACUCCGAGAAGAGUACACCGCCAUGGUAGAUCCCAUCGUCCAUUCCGUCAAUACGAAUGUAUCCGAGCGUCAGGGCAACCAGUGGGGGGUUGACAUGAUUCGUGCUCCGGAUGCUUGGACAACCACGCAAGGCGAAGGCAUCGUCGUCGCUAUUAUGGAUACCGGGGUCAAUUUGGGACACGAGGCGUUGUCCACGAACUACGCAGGGGCUUGGAGGGACCCGUACUACAAUACGCCAGGCCCCACAGACCAACACGGACACGGGUCCCACUGUGCGGGUUCGAUUCUUGGUACCACGAACGGAAUUGGUGUCGCCCCUGCAGCCAAAUGGAUAGCUUGUCGCGGUCUUAACCACUUAGGAAGCGGGAGUGAAGCAGCUCUAACAACUUGCGCUCAAUUCAUGCUUACGUCCAACCCAAUACCAAAUGUGGUCAGCAAUUCGUGGGGCGGAGCGGGUGGCUCGUCUUGGUACAAUGCUCAAAUCUCUGCUUGGCGAGCGGCUGGGAUCAUUCCGGUAUUCGCGAUAGGAAAUAGCGGAUGCACCUGUCGCACAGCAGGAUCACCGGGAGAUCAGCCAAAUCUCAUCUCUGUAGGGUCCACUACGGAUGAAGAUGUCAUUUCUUGCUACUCGUCGCGAGGAGAUCCAGACUUGGCGGUUAAAAAGCCUGAGGUUUCCGCACCAGGUCAGAUGAUCGUCUCUGCCGGAACUUUGGCAGAUAAUUAUGUCACCAUGUCGGGCACAUCAAUGGCCUGUCCACACACGGCGGGGGCAAUAGCACUCAUCCUGGCGGCUAAUCCUACGUACACGUUUGACCAGGUAUUGUCACUUCUCCAAUCCACGACGACCCAACAACCGUUGAGACCGUUUGAUAGGAGGUGUGGGAUUUCGGGGACUGAAGACUAUCCAAAUAAUGUUUAUGGGCAUGGUAGAAUCGAUGUGGGGGCGGCUAUUGCUGCUGCGUCGGUACUUAGGGCUUAAAAAGUGAAAUGAAUUGGUUUGUAAUUGGAAUAUUGUGUUAAUAAAUAAAUUUGGAAACA